UGCCCGCCAAACCUCAAGCACAACAACAACAACGAUGACCACAAGAGUAUCUGUCAAAGGCUUGGAUUCAGCCGCAUUGAAUGAAGAGGCGCUGAGCGUACUGUUUGAGGACUGCACGAUUAAGGAUGUUGAGGUCGUGUCGUCCGGCGCAGCUUCGUAUGCUAUUGUCACCUUCAAGGACGACAGUGACGUGCAGCGAGCAAAGGACAACGUUGACGGACAGUUUGUUGGCAAGAAGCAAGUCAGCGUGACACCCAUUGCCGACUCAGCGCCAGCGUCAGAGCCCGCCCGUUCAGAUGCGCGCGGGUUUGCGCGCGAUGCUGCUGGGCCAGGCAGCCGAGGAUCGCUGCUGUCCAGGUCGCCACAGCAGCCAGCAUCGUCGCCACCGUCAUCGCGAUGGGGCCAAAGCGGCGGCCGCUGGCACGCAGGGCCGGGCAGGGCGGCAGCAGACCGGUUUGGUCGGUCCCCGCCAUCUGCGCCAUCACACAUGACAGGCGGCAGGCGCCAAUCCCCCUCACGCACAAUGCAGGGCGGCCCACCGCCACCACCAUCAUCAUCGUCAUCGUUCCGCUCUGGCGGGGGCAGGUCUGCUGCACCUGACGCGUUGUCGCGUGGUGGUGGUGGUGCUCGCGGGCCGCAAAGCCCCGGAUACAGAGGUGGCCCUCCCCCUCCUCCUUCUGCUUCUUCUUCUCACACACACCAGCAGCCGGCACGAACAGCACCAACAUCAGCAGCACCAGCGUCGUCGUCAUAUCACGGCCGCCACCAUCACGAGGCUGCGCGUGCGGGGUGCGGGCGUGCGCGGUGGUGGCGCUCUUUCCCAAAGCCGUCCUUCCAAGCAAAGGCAGCGUCUGGAGAUACCCCAGCGUUGCCGUAUCAGCAUCCGCAGUUUGUUCUGAAAGGCGCAACGGAUGUGGACACAAUCUCCUUUGUUCCGUCUGAUGCCAGCGGCUUCCUUCCUUCAGAGAGUCAAGAGGACAUCGCGUCUGGCAAGUUCGUCCUCUGCACACUGAAGCGUGGGGCGGCUGCAAGUGCGCACGCUGUGUCGAAGGAGGAAGCGCUUGAGCUUCAGCAGCAGCUGCGGGCAACGAUCACAUCAGCACAGGACAUGCACGCGGCCUGCUCUGCUCGCAUCCUCUUUGGCAUGUCGUACUUUGUUCUUCCCAAGGAAUGCGCACACAAGCCGAUUCCGCCAUCGGAAGUUCGCCAGAUGCUCGCCGAGCAGUACAUCCGACACAUCCUCAACAGCCACCUGCCCCAGCAGGAGUGGGACGAGCUGACGUAUGCCAUCUGCAACGCCAAUGCGCAGUGGCAGUAUGUUGGCGGUGCUGUUGCGGUGGAGGCGAGAUAUUCCGACGGCGCCACGGCCCUCUUCACCGUCGACAAGCACGGCGACCUCACCCCAGACACACACGCACUCGACAUGGCGGCGUCACUGCGCACUCCCAAACCGUUUCUGACACGGACAGAAGCGGCUGACAAGCUGUCAUCCAUGACACUUGAGCCGUCAGAGUUGACAGCUCCGCAGACGCUGCAGCGCAACGAGCGCUACGACCUGAUCAACGUGGCAGGUGGAUGGUACAUUCGCCUCUGCACGGCAAGAGUCUGGAAAGACGAUCGGAAGCGGUAUCAGUGGGCGGAUAUGGUACACAGGCGACUGGGCGACAAUGAGGCUGGCCCUGGUGCGGGCAAGCAGCCGCACUUUCCGGCUGCGAGCACGGUUGUGCUGCACGCGGGACUGCGCAUUGACUACACAUUGGAGCUGUCGGAGGUGCCGCCAUCACCGGACGAAACGUCCACCCCGCCCGCAGCGGAGGAGGCGCUCAGAUCAGCCAUCAACGGCAUUGUCACAGCGGACACCGUCAUGGGGAAACUCGGCACUGGCCGUCGCUAGCUCGCACACACACACAUGCUCACACACACACGCAUACUCACACACACACACACACACACGCCCACACACACACACACACAUGCUCACACUCAAACAUGCACGAGUCAUUCAUCUUCGUCUUUUGCGCCUUUGCAUUUUGUUGUGCUUGUGCUGUUCCACCAUGGCUGGCUGGCUCACUGUCAUCCCAUCGUGUCAUCCCAUCGUGUCACGCCACACGUGUGCGCUUGCUGCGGCUGUUGGAAUUACGAGUGCGUUUGUGCUGUUGCGUUGAGUCUGUUUCGUUCUUGCUCUUGUUCUGCUUCUGAUCACUCGGUUAUGAAAGUCUACAUACAUAUACGUGGCUGUCGAAAGAACGAAGCGCGUUGCAACGAG